UUGCUCAAAACUUCACGGAUAUCGUUUUCAUCGAGAAAAGCCCAGGCGUGAAUGUCUGAGCUGGCUGCUGGUUUCUUCUAAAGGUGCCGCGUGACUCAUCCUAAAAGUGUUAGCUAGCACUGGCUGGAAGUGGCCAGAAGCUAAUUUAUGGAUUUCGAAUUUAGCUGACUUUCUAAAUGUUGGCUUCUUCUUCUUCUUUUCUUUUUCUUCUUCGUUGUUUCCUAGUUUUGUAGGGCGUGUAACUAGUAUUCCGCGAAUGGCUCGCGCAGUGUGUCGUAAAAACAACGUGUUUGGGUGGACUUCAUUCCUCCAUUUUGCAGCUGGCCAAAGGGCGACAGCUAAUUAUCAGGAAAGGGUGGAGCUCAUUAUUCAGUGCGAUAUUAAUGGGUGCAACAAUGAAGUCACUAUUUUUGUAUUCUAGGUGUUACUACAGCGCAGGUAAAGCCAGGAAAGCACCUGUUUGUUUUCUUUAUUUUCCUCUCGGUUCAGCUGCUACCUCACCGCCCUCCCGUUGCCUCAUCCAUCUGUCUGUUGUUGCUGCCUUGAAAGCCAUCCCACCCAGGACAGCUACUGGGCUGAAAUAUUCAUGAAAAAAGCAGAGUAUACAAUAUGUUGGCAGUGCCAGUAGGUGUUGCUGUGGUGAGUGUCUUCGGCCUCGUAUUCACUGUGUCAGCCUUUGCGUGGAUCUGUUGCCAGCGUAAAAACACCAAGUCCCAGAAGACACCUCCGUACAAGUUUGUGCACAUGCUCAAAGGAGUCGACAUUUACCCAGAGAGCCUCAGUGGCAAGAAAAAGUUUGCUGCGCCUCCCACCACAUCAGCUAACGACACCAGUAAAACAGAUGUCAAUGGAAACUGCCACACCGCCCCACCAGUGAAUGCAGCUGGCACAGACAAACUGGCAUCAAGCCCAAAUGGCUCAAGGCCAAAUCUCCAUCUGGACCUGGAGAAACGGGAUCUGAAUGGCAACUUUACCACCAAACCAUUUCAUCACCACCAGAAGCUGCGGAGCUCCCCAGAUCUGGAGCUGCCUUCUCCCCAUGCAGGGUUCACCCAGCCUGGUGUGAUGGACCGCCGUGACCUGCCUUCACCAUCCAGUACUCUCUCCAGCCAAGCACCCACCCCAGCUGUGGACAGGCCCCAGGGGGAAGACAAGGAGGCUGGACUAGGGACCCUCCACUUUUCCCUUGAAUACCAGCCAGAGAGGAAGGCGUUCAUUGUUCAUAUCAAGGAAGCCCAUGGUCUGACUCCAACUGACGAGCAGUCGCUGACCUCUGACCCUUACAUCAAGCUGACCCUACUGCCGGAGAAAAAGCACAGGGUGAAGACCAGAGUCUUGCGAAAAACUCUAGACCCCACUUUUGAUGAGACCUUCAGCUUCUACGGCAUCUCACUUGCUCGUGUGUCAGAGUUGGCCCUUCACUUCAUGGUGCUGAGCUUUGACCGGUUCUCUCGUGAUGAAGUCAUUGGCGAGACCCUUGUUCCCCUGUCUGGGAUCGACUUGUCUGAGGGGCGUGUCCUCAUGAGCCGAGAGAUAAUCAAGAGAAAUGUCAAGAAAUCUUCAGGUCGUGGUGAGUUAUUGCUGUCCCUGUGUUACCAGUCCACCACCAACACUCUGACUGUAGUUGUUCUCAAAGCUCGCCACCUCCCCAAGACUGAAAACAAUGGACCUACAGAUCCAUAUGUCAAGGUGAACAUGUAUCAUGGAAAGAAGCGCGUGUGCAAGAAGAAAACCCAUGUGAAGAAAAGCUCACCUAACCCGGUGUUUAAUGAGCUCUUUGUCUUCGAUCUACCCUCCGAAGAGGGCCUGAGGGACACCAGCGUGGAGCUACUGCUGAUGGACUCAGACAUGGGCAACUCACGCUGCCCCAACACCGUCAUUGGGCGCCUUGUGCUGGGCACAUCGGCGGCAGGUACUCCUGGGGAGCACUGGAGGGAGAUCUGCGACCACCCGCGUCGCCAGAUCGCCAAGUGGCAUGUCAUGUCAGAGGAUUAGAAAGUUGGGGUGUUGGUGGCUCCUGUCAUCCUUAUCUGAUCUGGUUCAACCACGAGAGGGAUGGAAUGAGGAUGGGCGGGAUCCAACAUCCUGCUUGCCAGUAACCAAUGGACUUAAAAUGAGGGCGGGUUGAAUAAGGGGGGAGUGGACUUUGAUGUGUGUGGGAGGGGUUCAUUUCAAGUGAUGUCAUCAUUCAAUCGUUCAUUCAUUCAAUCACCUAUCUUUGAAGUAUUUGGGGUUCAGUGGGAGGGCAGGGGCAUGACAACAGGAACCCCAAAGCUUUAAACGAUUCCAAAGACUGUCACUGAAAAUCACCUGGAAACAUGCAGCAUCAUCUACAUGGCAGCAACCAAUUGUCACUGUAGCCGUGUGCAGUGCAGAAUGUCUUUAAUGUUGCUAUUACUCUUCUUCUUUUCCUCUUCUUCUUCUUCUUCUUCUCUUUCUUCAGCUCUUCCUCCUAUAAAUAGUAACCUAUAUUCCAUCAUAUGAAAACCAGAAUGAACCACAUCUGACACAGCUGUAAAAAAGUGGAUUAUUAUUAAAGUUUAUUUUAUAAUGACAAUGUUUUCAUCAUAAAGAUGUAGACUGUUUUUAUUUAUCUUUUUUUUAUUUGUACUCUUGGUUUGUUGAACAUGUUUUGUAAGUAUAAGUGGUAUUUCAUAUAUCAUUUUCUUAAGUGCAAGAAAGCCUAAAUUAGGUGGCUGGAGAAAAGAUUGGAACUGACUGACUGCAUCGGGGACAGUAAUUGUGGAUGCAUUUACAUGUGUGAGAGGGUGCGCGUCUUUCGAAUAAAGUGUCCCGACACCACUGUGUGAGUUUGUGUGUGUGUGUGUUUGUGUGUUAGCGCUAAAGAGAUGGAAGCCGCAUAAUAUUUACGUUGUGUUUUGUCCCCUUUACUGUGAGCACAAAGACGGCUGAAAUGUAAAUGUAUGUACUUAUAAAAUAUGGCAAGUUCUGAGAAAGAAAAUGAGUUUGAUU